UAGCGAUGAUCAGGAAAUAGCAGAAUAUGGAGACGAUAUGUUUAUAAAGCUAAAAGAUCGUGAUAUAAGUGUCACUGCUAAUAUUAAAUUUAAUUCAUCUACGGCUACUGACAAAACUAGUGCCCAAGAAACUGGUAUAGCAAAACCAAGAAGUAUAAACCUAAGCUUUAUUGAUAUUUUAGACAAAGUUUGUUUUCAAAAUAUAUUGAAAGCGUUAGAAAUAAAUGCACCAAAAUAUACAUACAUUCAGGAUUUAAAUCUAAGUAACAAUAAUAUAAGAAGUGAAUAUGUCAAAAACAUCAUUUCUUUUUUAGAGAAUAACAAUAGAAUAGAAAAAUUAAAUUUAUCUGGAAAUUUUUUGAACAAUGAAAUUGCCUUGUCAGCUCUUAUGAAAACUAUAGGAGAUUUAAAUGAAUCCUUACAAGUGUUAAGUUUGGCAUGGAAUGGCAUAUCAGGAGAAAUUUGUACAAACAUAAUUAGAAACCUUAUGGUUAGAUCGAAAAGUUUAAGAAUAUUGGAUCUUAGUUGGAAUAAUUUCAGUGAUGUUGGUAAAAUAUUAGGUCAAGGAAUAAAUCAAACAACCAGAUUACAGAAUUUGGAUCUAAGCAACAAUCCGUUUACAGAUGAAGAUAUUGUUGAUAUAUUGAAUGGUAUAGUGAAUCCUACUUCAUUACGAAGUUUGGGGAUAAAACAUGUAUUUGUGAAUGAACAAAUUGAAAAAGCAAUAUUGAAAGCUCAAUCACGAGUACCAGAUUGCAAUGUUAAUGUAGCUGUUUAUACAGGCAUAAAAACUGAUCCUGAAGUCGAUCUGAAAUCAUUGUAUCUAGAAAGAAUUCAUUUUUUGGGAGUUACUAAGCCAAAAAAAAAAAAUCAAAAAAUAGAUAUUGGUCACGUGUUGCUAAAAAUGAAAAUUGAGACAAAUCUAGAACCUAUGAAAUUAAGUUUGUUUUUGUCAACGUUUGAAAAUUUAAAAAACGUAGCAAUUAUUGAACUACUAGGAGAUUUGGCUAAUCAAUUUAGGAAUGCAGAUAAAGCAGUUGACGUAGCUCUUAUGUUAGACAAGUACUUGGAACUAUAUCCAGACACUACUUUAGAGUGACUUAUUAUCAUUAUUUAGCAUAAAUAAUUUAAAUAAAAAAAAUGAUUAAAAAAAUACGAAAACUAAAGAA